GUCAAAAACCCCGUGUCUGUGGCAGCGCGGCCAGCCAGGCCGCCCCGGGGGCUCCAGGUCCAGUCGGCCGUCGUCGCUCCGCCGCCCGCAUGGCCCUGAGAAGCGUCUCCGCGCGGCUGCUGCGCUCCGGCUCCUGCCUGCGUGGCCUGCGAGCCUGGGGCUCGGCGGCGGCGCAGACCGAGAAGAGCGGGAAGGCCCAGAGCCGAGCCGCCAAGGCCCCCCGGCCCGAGUUCAACUGGAGAGACGCCCUGGUGCUGGAGGAGCAGCUGUCGGCCGACGAGAUCCUCAUCCGAGACACCUUUCGCACCUACUGCCAGGAGCGCCUCAUGCCGCGCAUCCUGCUGGCCAAUCGCAAUGAAGUGUUUCAUCGUGAGAUCAUCUCGGAGAUGGGGGAGCUUGGCGUGCUGGGCCCCACCAUCAAAGGGUAUGGCUGUGCGGGGGUCUCGUCUGUGGCCUACGGGCUCCUGGCUCGGGAGCUGGAGCGCGUGGACAGUGGCUACAGGUCAGCAAUGAGUGUCCAGUCCUCCCUGGUCAUGCACCCCAUCUACGCCUACGGCAGCGAGGAGCAGCGGCAGAAGUACCUGCCCCGGCUGGCCAAGGGGGAGCUCCUAGGUUGCUUCGGGCUCACUGAGCCCAACCACGGGAGUGACCCAGGCAGCAUGGAGACACAAGCGCGAUACAACCCCACCAGCAAGACCUACACCCUCAACGGGGCCAAGACCUGGAUCACCAACUCGCCGGUGGCCGACCUGUUCGUUGUGUGGGCUCGGUGUGAAGACAACUGCAUUCGGGGCUUCCUGCUCGAGAGGGGUAUGCGGGGCCUCUCAGCACCCCGGAUCGAGGGCAAGUUCUCGCUGCGGGCCUCGGCCACCGGCAUGAUCGUCAUGGACGGCGUGGAAGUGCCAGAAGAAAAUGUGCUCCCCAACGCCUCGGGGCUGGGGGGUCCCUUUGGCUGCCUCAACAACGCGCGCUAUGGCAUCUCCUGGGGUGUGCUGGGAGCCGCCGAGUUCUGCUUGCACACAGCAAGGCAGUACACCCUGGACAGGAUCCAGUUUGGCGUUCCACUGGCCCGGAACCAGCUGGUCCAGAAGAAGCUGGCGGACAUGCUCACCGAGAUCACGCUGGGCCUGCACGCCUGCCUGCAGCUCGGCCGCCUCAAGGAUCAGGACAAGGCCACCCCUGAGAUGGUCUCCCUGCUCAAGAGGAAUAACUGCGGGAAGGCCCUGGACAUUGCCCGCCAAGCCCGUGACAUGCUGGGGGGCAACGGCGUGUCAGACGAGUACCACGUGAUCCGGCACGUCAUGAACCUGGAGGCGGUGAACACCUAUGAAGGGACACAUGAUAUCCACGCGCUCAUCCUCGGACGGGCCAUCACUGGGAUCCAGGCGUUCACAGCUAACAAGUGAGGAGGUCCCAGCUGGGAGCCCCAUCACUGUGCUCUGGCAGGAUGCGAGUGACAGUCCAACCUCCCUCAGAGGAUGCCCUGACCCAGUGCUGGGGUUCCUGGCGGAGGUUCUGAUCGAUUUUUCCCAGAAGGGACCAUAUGCCCUUCACCUAGGAUCCAAAGCUUCUUUGGGGCACAGGGAGAGGCGAGGAGCAUGUAUGUGGAAACCCCCACACACACACACACCCCCCCCCCCCGUCUGAUGGUAACCUGUUGCGCCCCUGUGUGUGCCUUGGGCUAGAUGCUGGAGCAAGAAUAAAGUCCAUGCGUCUGCCCCA